UUGGUUUCAAAUAUUUACAUAAAAAUAUUAUUUUUGGGGGGUAAAAUUGCUAUUGACUCUUUUCUAAUUGGCUAAAAACUGAACAACUGUAAAACGAAUUCAGACAAAAGCAAGUUUCAACUAAACAUCAGUAUUAUGGAGUCGCUGCAUCGAGUAGAAACACUACUUCCUGGUCUCCAUCAUCACCCUCGUACGAAAGCCAACAGAAACAGAGUAUUCAGAUCUGUGAAGGUCUUCAACAACCCAAGAAAGUGUCAGUGUUUUGAUCUCCACGACAAGUUGGUUCCAUACAAGAAAGCUUGGACAUGGCAGAAACGCAUCGUCGAGGAGAAAAAGACAUUGAUUGAUACAAACCAAGACUGUCCAGACACUGUGAUUUUAUUACAACACUCUCCUGUUUACACAAUGGGGACCGGCAGCUCAGAGGACUAUCUCAAUUUCGACGUAAAGGAUGCUCCUUUCGAUGUAUAUCGAACAGAGCGUGGUGGUGAAGUCACUUACCAUGGUCCUGGUCAGCUGGUUAUGUAUCCUAUAAUCAAUCUUCGGAAUCACGAGAUGGAUCUUCAUUGGUACCUGAGGACGCUUGAAGAGGUUGUCAUCCGUGUUCUUUCCUCUGCUUUCUCUAUCAAAGCUUCACGUCUUGAUGGUUUAACUGGAGUUUGGGUCGGCGACCAAAAAGUGGCGGCUAUUGGUAUUCGUGUGUCGAAAUGGAUAACGUAUCAUGGUUUGGCUCUUAAUGUCACAACUGAUCUAACGCCGUUCAACUCGAUAGUUCCGUGUGGGAUUAGAGACAGACAAGUUGGGAGCAUAAAGGGUUUGCUUGAAGAUGGAAAGGUUGGUGAUUUGAGGUUGAUUGAUAUAGCUCACGAGUCUUUACUUAAGGAGUUCUCUGAAGUUUUCAAGCUUCAAAUCGAAAAGGAAACAGUUUCUGAUCCUAAUAUUCUGCUUGGUUCCUCAGAUCACAUGAAUACAAGAAGUAGCUCAGGUUCCAGGACUAGCUUCCACUUGAGGUAUCUCUUUAACGCUCGCUCACAGGACUUGGAUCAAAUGUCAGAAAUUGCGGUGGUUCUUACUCGUGUCUCAACUUCGGGAAAGAAACGGACAUCUGACUUUUGUAACAUACCACCAAGAUACCUUGUCAGCCGAUACCCGCGGAUAAAAGUCUCUACUAUCCUGGCACAAGAGCAGUUUCUUCGAUGCCACGUGCUGUUUGACAAACAUGGCGUGCCUCUUCAUUCCAUCUCCACCUGCUCCUUACUUACAGUUCCUACAGUCCUUAGACUGGUGCUUAAAGCUGUUUAA